UCUCGCAUCCUCGCUCGCUCUGUGCUAAAUAUCCUGCGUCAAUCUAGAAGGUAGAUAGAUAGAUGCCAUUGUAACUGUCUCUACCAAGCGGUAACAGAAAGCGAAAGCGAAAGCGACGAUGCAGACGUCAAGGAUUAGCCGCAAAGUUGCUCCCGUGGCGAACGAUGGCGACUCCUCGGACAAGCUUGACCAACUUCUUCUCUCCUCCGCGAUCUGUAAUACCGAAGAUUUAGUGCCCUUCGUACGCAAAGCCUUUGCUUCUGGUAAACCCGAAACCCUCCUUCACCACCUCCGCCACUUCGGCCGGUCUAAAGAAUCCGAGAUCGAGGAGGUAUGUAAGGCACACUACCAAGACUUUAUAAUGGCCGUCGAUGAUCUCCGAUCUCUUCUCUCCGAUGUCGAUUCCCUCAAGUCAUCUCUCUCCCACUCAAACGAACUCUUGCAGUCUGUCGCAGGUCCUCUCUUGGCCUCCCUUGACGCCUUCGUUGUGGCUCAGAACGUCAGCCGUAACGUCUCCUUAGCCCUAGAUUCCGUUCAAAUCUGUGUUCGAUUGAUGGAGCUCUGUUCCAGAGCCAAUUUUCAUCUCUCUGCUAACAAUUUCUAUAUGGCAUUGAAGUGCGUCGAUGCGAUCGAGAGCGGUUUCCUGGAGAAAACUCCGUCUUCCACACUUCGGAAGAUGCUCCAGAAACAGAUCCCAGCCAUUCGAUCACACAUCGAGAAGAGGGUCAGUAAGGAAUUCGGCGAUUGGCUUGUCGAGAUCCGGAUCGUUAGUCGGAAUUUAGGUCAAGUGGCUAUAGGGCAAGCGUCGUCGGCCAGGCAGAGAGAGGAGGAGCUUCGAAUAAAGCAACGUCAGGCGGAGGAGCAGAGCAGGCUCAGCUUGAGGGACUGUGUUUAUGCCCUGGAAGAGGAAGAUGACGAUGACAUCCUCACUGGUGCUGCCGGAGACGAUGCUAACGAGAAGUAUAGUAACGGUGGCAGUGGCGUUUUGGGGUUUGAUUUGACGCCUUUGUACAGGGCUUUUCAUAUCCACCAUACCCUGGGACUUGAGGAUCGAUUUAAGAAAUACUAUUUUGAGAAUCGGAAGCUUCAAUUGACGUCUGAUUAUCAGGUAUCCUCCAUGACUCCGUUUCUUGAAUCCCAUCAGACCUUUUUCGCACAGAUUGCUGGAUUCUUCAUCGUGGAGGAUCGGAUUUUGAGAACGGGUGGUGGUUUAAUUUCCAAGUUUGAAGUUGAGAAUCUAUGGGAAGCUGCUGUUUCAAAGAUGUGUUCCGUGUUAGAGGAUCAGUUCUCUAGGAUGCAAACCGCAAAUCAUCUCCUCCUUAUAAAAGAUUAUGUUAGUCUGCUUAGUGUGACCCUUCGUAGAUAUGGCUACCCUGUGGAUGCUCUGCUCGAUGUUCUUAGCAAGCACAGUGACAAAUAUCAUGAGCUCCUGCUCUCCGAUUGUCAGAAAUUUAUAGCAGAAGCUCUUGCUGCUGAUAAGUUCGACCAGAUGCUAAUGAAGAAGGAGUAUGAGUAUUCAAUGAAUGUGCUCUCAUUUCAGCUCCAGACAUCUGAUAUAAUUCCAGCUUUCCCAUAUAUUGCACCAUUUUCUUCUACAGUUCCAGAUUGUUGUCGCAUUGUACGGUCCUUUAUUGAGGAUUCUGUAAGCUUCAUGACAUAUGGUGGGCAGCUAGAUUUUUAUGAUGUUGUCAAGAAAUAUUUGGAACGUCUUUUGAAUGAGGUCUUGGAUGGGGCACUGGUUAAGCUUAUCGAUACAUCUGUCCAUGGAGUUUCCCAGGCAAUGCAGGUAGCAGCAAACAUGGCCGUUUUGGAGAGGGCCUGUGACUUUUUCUUCCGCCAUGCUGCCCAACUUUCAGGUAUACCCUUGAGAAUGGCAGAGAGAGGUAGGAAACAAUUUUUACUGAAAACUGCCCGUGAUGCUGCGGAAGGGAUGCUUUCUGGUAUGCUUAAAGCCAAAGGUGAUGGGUUCAUGAUGUUGACUGAGAAUGUGAAUUGGAUGGCUGAUGAAGCACCACAAAAUGGCAACGAGUAUGUGAAUGAAGUGAUUAUAUAUCUUGAGACAUUAGUUUCCACUGCUCAACAGAUACUUCCAGUUGAAGUACUUAAAAGGGUUCUACAAGAUGUUCUUUCCCAUAUAUCUGAGACUAUCAUUGGGAUUCUAGUUGGGGAUUCAGUUAAGAGGUUUAAUAUUAAUGCUAUUAUGGGGAUUGAUGUUGAUAUUCGGAUGCUGGAAUCAUUCACAGAAAACCAAGCUCAACUUUUCUCAGAGGAGGAUGGAAAUCAAUUGAAGUCAGCUCUGGCUGAAGCAAGGCAGUUGCUUAAUUUACUUUUGAGCAAUAAUCCUGAAAGUUUUCUCAACCCAGUGAUUCGGGAGAGGAGCUAUAACUUGCUGGACUAUAGGAAAGUGGUGACGGUUUCAGAGAAGCUAAGGGAUCCUUCAGAUCGGAUAUUUGGAUCCUUUGCAGGGAGGGGCCUCAAGCAGAAUACAAAGAAGAAAUCCCUAGAUGCUUUAGUAAAGAGACUCAAGGAAUUGAGCUGAAUUGAUGCAUUACUGUAUGUAAGAUUGUUUGUCCUUUCAUCUUACGGCUCUGAUUGUGAUUUUCAUA